UCUUGUGCACACAAAAAUUACUCAUCUCUUGAAUCCAUCACAUAUUUCUAUACAAAUUGACCAAAUUAAUCAAUGAUUUAUAAAACUAACACAAGUGCUUGAUAAUCUAAUAUCUAUAUGUGGUUAUAAAAUUGUUUCAAACAAGAUGCAUCGCAGAAGAGGUCCCAAUUUUACGUACGUUAGUGGCUGCGUGAAAUAUAUGAUUUUUAUUUUGAAUUUUAUAUUCUGGUUGCUCGGUGGAUUACUGAUAGCGGUUGGGCUGUAUGCUUUCAUCGACAAAUGGCAGGCCACGGGUCUUAUCAAGCUGGACACAGUAUACGAUAUAAUGUUGAACAUCAGUCUGCUGAUCGCUCUGCUCGGUGGAGUGGUGUUCAUAGUGAGCUUCGCCGGCUGCAUUGGGGCUCUCAGAGAGAACACCUGUCUGCUUAAGUUUUACUCCCUCUGCCUGCUCGUGCUAUUCCUGGUGGAGAUGGGCAGUGCGGUCUGCGGGUUCGUGUUCCCGCGCCUCCUCCACGGCCUGGUGGAACAGAGCUUCACCGAGCGAGUGGUCCACGCGUACAGGGACGACCCUGACCUCCAGAACUUCAUUGACUUCGCGCAGAGCGAUUUCCAAUGCUGCGGUUUAACCUCGGACGGUUACAUGGACUGGUCGAAGAAUGAAUACUUCAACUGUUCCUCGCCUUCCGUUGAACGGUGCGGGGUGCCCUUCUCGUGCUGUGUCAACGCUACUGAUAUUAGCUCGGGGCUCGUGAACAUCAUGUGUGGUUACGGGGUGCAGAAUUACCCCGUGGCAGAAGCGAGCAAACGCGUGUGGACGAGCGGGUGUAUAGAGAUAGUGCGGUCGUGGGCGGAGCGCAACCUGUACACGAUCGCGAGCGUCGCGCUCGGCGUGGCGCUGUCGCAGCUGUUUGUUAUAUACCUCGCGAAGACGCUGGAGGGCCAGAUCGAGCUGCAGAAGGCCAGAUGGCAAACAUGAAAUAGGGGAUCGGCGGGCGCUUACCGUGACGAGUGUCACAGGGCUCUACUGUAGCCCGCGCCCGCCGCACCGGGGCCCAGCGCCCCGCGCUACUAGUGGGCUAUACGCCACUGAGAUAGGUGGCCACAAUACGCCACCGAGCCAGUGGACCACAAUCCGCCACUGAGUCAGUGGGACCCGUGUUACUCUGAUACGCCACUCGGUCAGCCCUAUGACAAUACGCCACUGAGAAAGGCUGAAGAAAGAGUCUUGAACAGGACCUAACAGAUUUUUAUACUAUGCUAAUUGCUAGGGUUUACAAAAUAUCGAAAAUCCGCCACUUAUAGUUUCUAAGGGCCUUUCCACACGACGUAU